UUUCACGGUUACUGUAUAUUUUGAACGAAGCCGGUAACGCUAAGCAACUACAAGUAAGGACAAAGUGAUUGACCGAUACGGCAUAUUUACAAUUAAAAUCUUACAUAAAGUAUCUUUUGAAGAUGAGUAACUCCGCUUUUAUUCUCGACAAUGGUGCGUGUACUGCAAAAGCUGGUUUAUGCUACGAAACACCCAAAUUAGUUCCGAAUUGCAUAAUGAAAGCAAAGAGCGAACGUCGCAGACCCUUUAUAGGAAAUCAAAUCGAGGAAUGUAGAGAUGCCUCUGGAUUGUUUUACAUGUUACCCUUUCAGAAAGGUUAUCUGGUGAACUGGGAUAUUCAGAAAACUGUGUGGGACUAUGUAUUUUCGAAAGAGUCUUGCUCAGUUAAUUUAAGUCAGUUGUCUGUGAUAGUGACGGAACCAAUAUUCAACUUUCCCAGUGUCCAAGAGGCUAUGACAGAGAUCUUUUUUGAGGAAUACGAAUGUCAUAGUUUCCUAGGAAUAAACGCAGCAAAUCUCUCAUGUUACAAUUACAGAAUGGAAAAUCCCAAUACGAAAUGCUGUAUAGUAGUGGAUAGUGGAUACAGUUUUACACACAUUAUACCUUACAUUAAUGAUACAAAAGUAAAAGAGGGCAUACGAAGGAUAGAUGUGGGUGGAAAGCUUCUUACGAAUCAUCUGAAAGAGAUAAUAUCUUAUCGUCAGUUGCACGUUAUGGAUGAAACGUAUGUAAUUAAUCAAGUGAAAGAAGACUGUUGUUUCGUAUCUCAAGACUUCUUUAAAGACAUGGAACGGGCUAAAUGUAAACUAGAAAAUAAUACCAUUGUUAAAGAUUAUGUAUUACCGGAUUAUACGACGCUGCGACGUGGAUAUCUCAAAGAUCCGGAGCCACCUAAUGAGCAACAAACACUACGUUUGUCUAAUGAGAGGUUUGCGAUACCAGAAAUAUUAUUCCAUCCGUCGGAUGUCGGUAUUCGACAAAUGGGUAUUCCUGAAGCCAUUAUGGAUUCCAUAAAGGGUUGUGACGAAGAAACGUGGCCUCAUUUAUUAUCCAACAUUAUUCUUACUGGGGGUAAUGCAAAGUUUCCAGGAUUUAAAGACAGAAUAUACAAAGAAGUUCGGAGUUUAGCUCCAGCGGAAUACUCUAUAAAUGUCUACUUGCCACAAAAUCCAGUAACGUAUGCAUGGUAUGGCGGAAAACUACUUUCUCAGGACGCAACAUUUUCUAAUCUUUUGGUAACGAGAGAAGAUUACGAAGAAGAGGGACCAUCUGUAUGUUUUGAAAAAUUUGAUGUAUAAUUCUUUGUUAUAUGUUAUUCAUAUAACAAAAAGAAAGUUUUACCAUAAUUAUAUUACAUAUCUAACGUAUAAAAAUGUAAAUAUUUCUAAAUAUAUUUUUGUUUAAUUCAUUAUGAUACAAUCUUGAAAACUAUCCAAAUACUGUGCUAUACAUUUUUCAUAAUUUAUUUCUUUUUCUCACUCUAUUACAUUAUAGUUAUACUAUUGGGCUUAUGUAAUACUAUUGUUAUUAAAAACAAGAAUUUUGCAUUUAAAAUAUGAAUACAAAUACAAUACAAUUAUAAAUACAAUAAUAG